UGUGAGCUCGACCUGCUGGCGGGGGUCCUGGGACAGCGGCUGGGGAAUGAGGGGUCCUGAAGAGGGACAUGGAGCCUCUUCGAGGCUGGGAGCCGCCCCCCUGGAGCCUGACACCCAAGGCUGAUGCCCUGAGCCAGGCCCUGUACCUGCUCCUCCUGGGGUCCCUCCCCUGUGCCCUGGCCAUAGCCCCGUGCAAAGAGGAAGAGUACCCGGUAGGGCCCGAAUGCUGUCCCAAGUGCAGCCCAGGUUACAGGGUGAAGGAGACCUGUGGGGAGGUGACCGGCACACUGUGUGUUCCCUGUGACCCCGGGACCUACACAGCCCACCUAAAUGGCCUGCGCGAGUGUCUGCAGUGCCGAGUGUGUGACCCAGCCAUGGGCCUGGUGACCAGGCGGAAGUGCUCCUCAAAAGAGAACACUUUGUGCGUCUGUGACCGGGACCACUUCUGCGUCAGUGAGAAUGGGGACGACUGUGCCGAGUGCCGUCCGCACACACUCUGCAGACCUGGCCAGAGGGUGCGGGCCAGAGGCACCGAGUGGCAGGACAGGGUGUGUGAAGACUGCCCUCCCGGGACCUUCUCAGCCAGUGGGACCCUGGAGGAGUGCCAGCCCUGGAGCACGUGUAGCGGCCCUUUCGAGACACAAGCCCACCCUGGGACCAGCAGCUCAGAUGUCACGUGUUCGUCCUGGGGCCUUUAUGUUUUUGUGAGCAGUCUCAUCUUAGUGGGGCUCUGUGUCCUCACAGUCCUCGGGGUGAGGAUGAAAAACAGACGGUCGCCUGGGGAAUCCACCAAGGCGAGAUUAUUCCACCAGGUAUUACUGACCGUUCCCACCCGCCCCUGA